AUGGCCUCCCCCCAACAAAUUAACAACUUGCAACAGCAUUUCCAGUCCGCGGUGGCGCUUUCCGGUAGCCCAAACGCGGUCUCCACGUCCCCAACCCAGAGCUACUUGGCCCAGCGUAUUAACAGCAUGAAGCCGGCAAAGCCAUUGAAGCCGUUCUCCACCGGUGACAUCAAGAUUUUAUUGUUGGAAAACGUCAACCAGACCGCCAUUGAGAUCUUCAGUGGCCAGGGCUACCAGGUUGAGUUCUACAAGUCCUCUCUUGGCGACGAGGAGUUGAUCGAGAAGAUCCAGGAGGUGCACGCCAUCGGUAUCCGUUCCAAAACCAAGUUGAGCGAGAAGAUCUUGAAGCACGCCAAGAACUUGGUUGUUAUCGGGUGUUUCUGUAUCGGUACAAACCAGGUGGACUUGGAAUUUGCCGCCAAGUCUGGUAUUGCAGUUUUCAACUCCCCAUUCUCCAACUCCCGUUCCGUCGCCGAGUUGGUCAUUGCCGAGAUCAUCACCUUGGCCAGACAAUUGGGUGAUAGAUCUAUCGAGCUCCACACCGGGACUUGGAACAAGGUCUCCGCCAAGUGCUGGGAGAUCAGAGGCAAGACCUUGGGGAUUGUAGGAUACGGCCACAUUGGUGCCCAGUUGUCCGUUUUAGCUGAAUCCAUGGGGAUGAACGUCAUCUACUACGAUGUCAACAUGAUUAUGUCCUUGGGGACUGCCAAGCAGGUCAAUACGCUCGACGAAUUGUUGGGUAAGGCCGAUUUUGUCACCUUACACGUGCCAGAAACCCCAGAAACCGCAAACUUGUUGUCCACCCCACAGUUUGCCGCCAUGAAGGACGGCUCUUAUGUCAUCAAUGCGUCCAGAGGGACCGUCGUCGACAUCCAGGCCUUGGUUGAGGCUAUGAAAGUCGGCAAGAUUGCCGGUGCCGCGCUCGAUGUCUACCCUAACGAACCAGCCAAGAACGGUGCCGGUUUGUUCUCCAACGAAUUGAAUCCGUGGAUCUCCGAGUUAACUUCCUUGAGAAACGUGAUUCUCACUCCACACAUCGGUGGCUCUACCGAAGAGGCCCAGUCCGCCAUCGGUAUUGAGGUUGCCUCUGCUUUGGUCAAGUACGUCAACGAAGGGUCUUCCUCCGGGGCCGUCAACUUCCCAGAGGUUUCUUUAAGAGCGCUUGACUUGGACCAGAACAACUCUGUCAGAGUCUUGUACGUCCAUCAGAACGUGCCGGGUGUGUUGAAGACCGUUAACAACGUUUUGGGGAACCACAACAUCGAGAAGCAGUUCUCUGACUCCAGGGGUGAUAUUGCUUACUUAAUGGCGGACAUUUCUCAGGUCGAUUCCGCCGACAUCAAGUCCUUGUAUGAGCAGUUGGAAAACACCCCGUACAAGAUUGUUACCCGUUUGCUUUACUAA